CGGUCAAGGGUGCUUGAGUAAAGAUGUACCUAGAGAAUAAGAGUAAUGUGGAGGUGGAGAUGUCUCAGACUGGAGGCCAGGGUCACCCUAGCAGGGUGGGCAGAACAAAGUCUGAAUGUGUGUCUGAGAACUUUGAUGAGCUUCGUCUGCUGGAGGGCUUCUCGGGGGGAAGAGAGACACAGAAACUGCUUCAGGCUUCAGCUCAGCCAUCAGGACAAUGUAUAAUUUACAAUGACGUCCAUCAGGAUGAUCGCUUUAGCACGGUAAACCUUCUCAAAGGCAAAUCUAACCAGACCAAUCACACGGAAUGGUCACCUCUUCUCAAGUUUCCACAAAAUGACAGUAUAACCUACAUGACACUGCACGACUCCAGUUUGGGGCCUGGAGAGGAGUCAUGGGAGGCAAGCUCUGGUGAACUGGAGAGAAGGUGCAGACUGGGAAGUGAGGUUACCAGUCUCUCCCAUAUAACAUCUCUGGAGAAAUCUGACCAAUACUUCAAAUUAUCAUCCCCCAUCAGAUUUUGCUUAAGAACAGCAAAACUCUCGACCAUCUUCACCAUUGUUGUUCUGUGUUCACUGUUUUUCAGCAUGUAUCCUGACAGGGAAAGACCCUGGAGAAUGCUGGCAGUGUCCUCCACUGAGAGCUUUUCUAUGAACUUGACUAAUUUUCGUGACAAUGCCCUGCUGAAGCUACAAGUUGGUGGGCCAUUUUUGGGAGGGAUGGAGAAAGUCCAGGAAGCUCAAGAGUACAUUCUGAUUCAGGUGGAGCAGACAGAGGAGCCGGGACCUAGACGGAAAAGAACUCAAAAGGUGCUUUAUAACUGGACUAUACCUUUGCAUUCACAACGAAGUGACCAAAUUCUGAGAACAAGGACAUUUGAAAUGGUUAGCAGUGAUCCAAUUUCGAUCAGUGUCCAGGCCUUUCUCCUCGACAACCAGGUGGUCCCCCUGUCCAUGACUCACCAGUCUCUCUAUGUAACCGUGGAAACGCAGGUGCUUAUUGCCGGAUUGAUCCUGACAGGAGUCUACAUUCUCAUCAUCUUCGAGAUCGUUCACCGCACUCUGGCUGCCAUGUUGGGAUCGCUCGCUGCCCUGGCAGCGCUUGCUUUCAUCGGUGACAGGCCAAGCCUAAUGACUGUUGUCGAAUGGAUUGACUAUGAGACUCUUGCUUUGCUAUUUGGAAUGAUGAUACUGGUGGCAAUAUUUUCUGAGACCGGCUUCUUUGACUAUUGUGCGGUGAAGGCGUAUCAGUUGUCCCGAGGAAGAGUGUGGCCAAUGAUUAUGAUUCUCUGCCUGAUUGCGGCCGUUCUCUCAGCUUUCCUUGAUAAUGUGACCACCAUGAUGCUCUUCACCCCUGUUACAAUCAGGUUGUGUGAGGUGCUUAAUUUGGACCCCAGGCACGUCCUAAUUGCUGAGGUCAUUUUCACCAACAUCGGAGGAGCCGCCACUGCUGUUGGAGAUCCCCCCAAUGUCAUCAUCGUGUCCAACCAGGACCUGCGUAAAAAAGAGUCUGAAAUCACCAUGCCCUCCAUCAAACUUUGA